AUGUUCCCCAACACCCUCACUCUUUGCCUUGCACUCACACACCUGGCUGCGAACCUCGUGGCUGGAGAAGCCGCAUUCUACGGAACAAUCCCAGCCAGCGAGCUCCAAAUUCCGUCUUCGACCAAAGGUGCCGCAGCUUCAUGGACCACCUCCUUCAUCGCUCCUCGCUCCACCAGCAAACCCGCGGUUCCUUCCAUCGACAGCCCAGUCUGGUACGCCCAAGAGACCUUUGACGAGGCCCCUCCCCUCGAGAAGAGAAUCAACGUCGCCAUCAACCAGCAGCCGAGAAACUGCAACAAGGAGUCCGACUUCAACCCUCACCCGCCAAUCCACUCCGACAAGCAGCUCAAGGGCGCGGACUACUUUUGCAACAACUACGCCGGCUUCAUGGAGUCCAGCAUGAAGUCUCUUCGCGUCGAGUGGCACGAUGAGUUUCAGGGUCGCCACCAGUACAAGGUCUCCUGGGCUGUAGGCUGUGUCGCCGACGGAGACAGGCAGCAUGUUAAAUAUCCCAAUGGCCUUUCCAACACCAACCCGAGCUGCAACGACUUGAUGAGGGAUAACUACCUACAGUGUAACAACGGUGGCGUUGGAGGUAGGGUACAGGUGGGCUGCCUUGUUUACGCUUACAACGGAGGGACCGUCGCGGGGAGGGAUUAUGAGUCUAUUGGGCUGUGGUGA